AUGGAGUCUUCUGGUACAACUCCUUCACCACCACCUCAUGUGAAGCGACAACUACAACAAGCUUGUGAUUCAUGUAGGCUCAGAAAGAUGAAAUGUUCCAAGGAUUUCCCUACUUGUGUCAAAUGUAAAGAACAUAAUUGGAAAUGUGUAUAUUCCCCCAAGGUAGUUAGAUCCCCAUUAACAAGAGCCCAUAUGACUCAGCUUGAAAAGAAGGCAGAGAAUUUGGAAAAGUUAUUGAAAAGGAUGUUACCUGAAGAUAUCGAGGUUCAAGAACUAUUGAGGAUUGUGGAGAACGAAUCCAAAGAAACUGAAACUACUUUAGAUCAAAUACAUCAAAAAGUUUUCAAACAGGUUAACUUAACUGCUAAUGAUUUAAGUAACGGGCCAAUAACUUUAGAGAAAAUCAAUGCUUUGAGUCAUAAGAAAAUUACUGAAGGUGAAAAGUAUGAUGUUAAAUCUAAAAAAUCUGUCAAGAAUUUAGAAUUCCAGCCCGAAGACUAUCUCAUCAAUAUUAAACAAAGUGAUUUGAAUUUUUUCGAUGAAAGAGAUGACAAUUAUGAUGAUGCCAAUAUGAAUAUUUAUGAUUCUAGUAUCGAUGGAAUGGCAGCUUUAUCCAAUGACACGGGAUUAAGAUUCGAUGUUAAUAGCUCGAAUGGGUAUUUUGGUAUUAAUUCAAGUAAUGGAUUACUUAAAUUCUUACAAUUAAAAUCAGAGAAAAACGGUAAUAGUAUAAUAGAACUUGAUUUGACUCAAGGAGGUAAUGAAGAUCUUCAUAAUGAAUUAGAAGAUAUAGAGUACGAGAUGGGCUUCUUAUUGGAUGAGGAAAUUAGUAACAUAUGGAGCAGUAUAAAUUCUGGAAGGUUGGAAGAUUUAUUGAAUGACUCCAAUUUUCAGUCGUUGAUGAUCGAAGCUUUCUUUGGGUCAUAUUACCAAGUAUACCCUAUCAUCAAUAAAAAAAGGUUCAUGAAACAUUAUGAGCAAUAUAAGUAUGUCAAUGCUAUCAAUUUCAACGACAGUAAAAUGAUAAGUUUCUUGAUAUUGUUAAAUACCAUACUAGCUAUAGGUUUGUGGUGUAAAUUUGGUGAAAACUCCAAGUUACAUACAUUCUACUACCAAAAAGUUAAAUCAUAUAUCCAACAAAUCAAUAUAUUCGAAUAUAGUGAUACUCAUUUGUUGGACAGUUUUGUACUAUUGAGUAAUUAUGUGCAAAAGACCAAUAAACCAAAUACUUGUUGGAAUUAUUUGGGUAUGGCCACAAGAAUUGCUACAAGUCUUGGAUUACAUAAGGAAGUGAAAGUGGAUAAAAGUCAACCCAUGAAUUUGGAAUUGUUUGAGGAAAUAGAAAUACGAAAACGACAAUGGUGGGGCAUGUAUUUCUUUGAUGUUGGAACGACAUUGACUUUCGGAAGACCUUUGACUAUACCUCCAUUAAGUACUAUUGAUUUGGAACCUGUUUCAAAUAUAGAUGACAACUUAUUAAGGCAAGGAUUGCCUAUAGAUGAAGUUAAAGUGAACUACCCUACCAUAUAUACCACCUUGAUUUAUGAAUCGGAAUUAACAAAAAUUUCCACUCGGAUCUAUAAUUACAAUUCCACCAUUUUGAAAUUAAAGAACGACAAAUCGAAAAUGAUUGGUUUGUUGGAUAUGAAUGAUUUGUUAGAUACAUUUGUCAGCACUUUACCAUCAUUUUAUAACGAAGAUGAAAAUAUCAGUAUUCAAGAAGUGCUAAAAACUGGAUAUCAACAAGUGCCCAAAUGGUUUGCCUUAUCAAGACUUAGAUUGAUUGCCCGAUAUAAAAAUCUACAAAUAUUGAUUUUUCGGUAUAUUUUAUGGGAAACUAUUGAGAGGGGCAAGGACAUUACUUAUUUAGGAUUGGUCAAAAAAUGCCGAAAGAUUUGUUUUGAGGCUUCUUUGAAGACCAUCCGUAUUGUCGAUAGUUUUGUGAAUAAUAAUGAGUUGGAUUAUUUGUCAUCCUGGUAUGCUACCUACUUCUUGUUUCAAGCUAUUUUAGUACCCAUCUUAAAGAUAGUUAUCGACCAAAAUGUUACAAAUGAUGUCAAAGAUUCUGAAUUUAAACAAGAGGAAUUGUACAAAUACAUUGAGACUUCAAAAGCGACAUUCACUAAGCUAAGAAAAUUCAAUAAGUUGGCAGGUAAAUUCAUCAAAUUAAUUGAUUUAUUAUUGUACGGUAAAAAAGAUUCUAUAAACUAUAAAAAUGAUAUUGAAAUGUUCAACAAGUUCGACGACUUGUUUGACUUCAAUUUUAAUGAAAACCCAGCACCUGAUUUUGAAUGA